CAAUUUCCAUGGAAACCUACAACAGCUAGAAUUUGUACGCUCAGCUUCGUCUCCAACGAACAUUGAAGCUACCCACCUUACCUAACCCGACUAUCUUAAUUCUAUUUUAAUACCAAAUACGAUUUUGUAUCAUCACCAACACCAUCAUCGUCGCCUUUAUCGUCAAUUGUGUUUGGUUUAGCAAUUAUUCUCCCAAUGUCCUCUUAAUUCCUUUUCCGUUCGCUCCUCUCUUUCAUCCCGUAUUCUCCGUAUUUAUAUGUCUCCCUAUCGCCCCUCUUCCGUAUUUUCUCAUCGUCGCCUGUAUGAUCGCGCCCGUCCUUAAUCGCAAUGGAAGAUCUCCAGAGAGCUGAAUACCCAGCUAUGCUGGCCAACCUCCAUCCGAACCAAGCCGUCCACUCUCUCAACGACCGAGUCAAGCGCAUAUCUAAAGUCAAUACCGAGAUCGCCGAUUGGUUACAGGAGCGUCGAAAAGUAGAGGAACAAUAUGUUCAAGCAUUAAAGAGGCUGACCCAAUUCCGGGUCCCUAAUGCACAGUCCGAACUUGGAACUUUCCAGGCACAAUGGGACAAGAUUCUUCAGUCCGCCGACGCCGUUGCCAUGUCGCAUCACAUUUUCGCCACGAAGAUCGAAAAGGACGUAGAGGCGCCCUUACGAACCUUCGGUCAGAAGAAAGAGGUGCUCAACAUUCAGACCAUCCAAAGCAACCUCCAAAAUAUGGCCAGGGAGCUGGAGGAUGCACAAGAACGAUCUGAGAAGUUGAGCAAAAAGGGCGGGAAAGCUAGCGCUCAGAAGGUCGACCUAGCAGCUGGGAAGCUAGACUCCGCAACUCAGCAGUGGGAAUCACAAGCGCCAUUUAUUUUCGAAUCACUGCAGGCCUUGGACGAAAGCCGAAUGAACCAGCUGCGUGACUGUCUUACCCAAUACGGUACCUACGAAGGGGAGCUGGCGCAAACUCACCAGGCUGAAGCCGAGACGGUGCUGAAUAGUUUACUAGACUAUAACACCGCUAGCGAGAUCCAGCACUUCGUGACGAAGACUACCGCCGGCAAACCAAAGAUAGAGAAACGAGCGACUUCAUCGCGGCAAAAUUCUGGGUUUACUGGGCCGACUUCAUCACUGGCGCCCCCAAGCCUCCAUCCAUCUGCAGAUGAUCGCAGUGACCAUUCGGUUUCUAAAGAAGGCCCAUCAGAAAAUAAACUGCGUAGUCGUAUCGGUACUAUGCUCGGUCGAAGACGGCAGAGCAUACAUGGCGGCUUCGGACCACUGUCGCCUGCAAAAGGACCCUUCGGAAGAAACAUAAAGAGCGCUCAUGGCAUAUCGCCUAGGGCGUCGUCGAGCAACCUCGGCGACUCGACGAACCGGUUAGGAUCGCUGGUGGAAGAUCCGGAUACGAUUGACACGCCUUCGAGAGCCUCACGAGCAUCUGAAGCAAGAGAAAAGUCUAUUCAUGACGGUACGAAUGGCAUAGAUCGUGACGGUUCUGCAGAUGUAGCACCGCCGGGAACAGCAACAUCAGCCACGUCGCAUGUGAAUGGCACGGCGACUACGGACCUCGCCGACGUCCCGCCUCCGCCAGGGCCUCCGCCAUCCCAGAGGGAACCAGAGAAAGACUCUGAAGGGUUUAAUGUACCAGCCCCCGCGAACGAUCCAAUCUCUCAGGCUCAGAGAGAAGCAGCUGCGCAAGAGGCCGAGCAGCUAUUCAAACUCAACAUUCAAAAAGAGCCGGUGGCUGAGGAGGACCCGGAAGAAAAGAAGGCUGCGCUUUCGAACGUUGCGAAUAGUCUCUCGGCUAUGGGAGCACCGGCUCGUAGGAUAGGCACCGUCAGAGGUCGAAGAGAUGUGCGAAACACCAUCUACGUUCCCGCGCCAGUCUCCGAGGGCUCUACAGCCGAAACCCCAAGUCCUUUUGCUCCUACUUUACACACCAUAUCAUCUAAACCCGCUGGAGUUGCUACUCUUGCCUCCGAAGCUAGUAUUGCAGGCACUUCGGAUACACAGUCAAUCCGAUCUGGUAAUUCACUGAGCAGCAUUGUUCACGUCAAGCAUCCCGACAUGCACGAGCCUGGCCUUAACUCUUCUAUCAUGGAAACAGUUUCAGCAAACUUUGAAAACGGACAGGUUCAGUCUGUGAAGGUUAAUGGCGAGAUCGCCUUUUCAUACAACGCUUCAGAUUCUUCUAACUUGCCUUCUCAUUUACCCAUUCGCAUCAACAACUUCCCCGCCCUUGAAGUUAUCGGCCCUAACCGCAUUUUCAUUACGAACGAUACCCCUGACCAUUCGGAACAAUUUAAUUUGGACCUCUCACAUAUUCACAAGACAUCGAUCGGCUUCUCUUACAGGCUUCAUGUAGACCAGGAGACCGCUGCCGCAGAGCACGUGCCCGUGCUACUCAGCCCUGUGUGGAAACCGCAGGGAGAUAAAUUGGGCUUGCUGCUUCAAUACAAGCUCAACCCGACUUUCAAGCUCGCAAACGGAGGCUCAAGCGUACUAGUUCAUAACCUAGUGCUCUUCGCCUCCUACGAGGGCAAGGCGUCAGGUGCCCAGACCAAGCCAUCUGGGACACACCUGAAGGACAAGCACCUCGUAUAUUGGCGUCUUGGCGACGUCACCCUAUCCCCGGACUCCGAUUGGCAGAAGAUCGUGUGCCGGAUAGUUGGCGACCAGGGCGUCGAGCCCAAGCCAGGCAUCGUCGAGGCACGCUGGGAAGUUACCCCGCCAUCCGACGCCGCCGAGAGCACAAAUGCGAUCUCGGUGUCCCGCUUCGAGGAGGCCAAGGGCAAAGAGGUCGAGCUCAACGAGGACGAUCCGUUCGCCGAUGAAUCUACCACCAACACCGAGGAAGGGAAGUGGGUCGACGUGCCCGCCGUGAGGAAGCUCGUCAGCGGGAAGUACGAGGCGAGAUAGUUUCAGCUUAGUAUAGCCCCCGAAGCGUAUUACCCUUAUCCUUAUCUAUAUAUAAGAGAGUGGGUGAACGAGGGAGAGAUGAGAUGAGCGGAAAAAAAGGAUAGUUGGUUUUUCGACGGGAGGAACAAUAGGGAGAAAUUUUCUUGUCUGUCUUGUCUGAACGACGAUGAAAUGCUCUUUUGUAAAUCAGAUUAGCGGAUUGCCGAAAAUUGAUGGGUCCCAUUUGUGCAUUACAUAGGUGUAGAUCCGUUCAGUUAUAGUAGUCAAGCCGUUGUUCUCAUACAGUAACUUGACCACUUUGAUAUUUGGAAUCGACCCAUUAUUCAUUUUGUCAUCGGAAAAUACCUACCGGUAUGUAGGUAGUAGCAGAUAUAACAUUAUUUGCUCUUACAAACAGUUAUGGAUAGUACUUGGAAUACGUUUUUUACUGCUGU